GCGCGGCGGUGCAGGUGCUCUGUCUCUUCGGGAGAGGAUGCGGAUGGAAGGACGGGGGAGGGAAGGGAUGAAGGGACGCGCCACGAGGAAAGAGAGCAGGAUAUGAAAAGGGGGAUCGUGCCGAGAGACCGCGAGGUGCAAGGUCGAAUAUGAGAGAUUGGUUGAACGGGGCACUUUGCGUGGUAAUAGCUGGUCGGCAAUAGUACUAUGAUUUGGUAUGUGGCCACUCUGAUAGCAAGUGUAUUCAGCACCAGAGGAACGGCCGCUCAAGGUGCCCACGCAGUGAGAGAGGAGCCCCGGUUUGUGACGGCUCGCGCUGGAGAGAGCGUGAUCCUGGGGUGUGACGUGUCCCCUCCCCUGGACGGCCAGCAACCCCCCUAUGUGGUGGAGUGGUUCAAGUUCGGAGUGCCUAUUCCCUUCUUCAUCAACUUCCGCUUCUACCCUCCUCAUGUGGAUCCAGAGUAUACUGGUAGAGCCUCUCUGCAUGGGAAGGCCUCCCUGCAGAUCGACCCAGUGCGCUCCGAGGACCAGGGCUGGUACGAGUGCAGGGUCCUGAUGCUGGAGCAACAGUAUGACACCUUCCACAACGGCAGCUGGGUGCACCUCACAGUCAACGCCCCGCCUUCAUUCACAGCGACGCCGCCCCAGUAUGUGGAGGCGAAGGAAGGGGGAAGCACUCUGCUCAGCUGCUCGGCCCAGGGAAACCCAAAACCAAUCAUCAGCUGGCUUAGGGAGGGGGAGGAGCUCGCAACCGACGCAAAAUAUUCAGUGCACGAUGGCAGUCUGAACAUCCUCGGCAUCACCAGAGAUGACAGAGGGGCGUACACGUGCCGGGCCUACAGUGACCAGGGAGAAGUGCUCCACACCACCCGUCUGCUGGUUCAAGGGCCUCCAUACAUCGUGUCACCACCAGAGAACGUCACCGUCAACAUAUCCCAGAAUGCACUCUUCACCUGCCAGGCGGAGGCGUAUCCAGGCAACCUGACCUACACCUGGUUUUGGGAGGAGGAUAACGUCUACUUCAAGAACGACCUGAAGCUCCGCGUGCGCAUUCUCAUCGACGGCACCCUGAUCAUCUUCCGGGUCAAGCCGGAGGAUGCUGGGAAAUACACCUGCAGCCCGAGCAACAGCCUCGGCAUCUCGCCCUCGGCAUCGGCCUACCUGACUGUUCAGUACCCUGCCCGAGUGAUCAACAUGCCCCCGGUCAUCUACGUCCCACGGAAACUGCCAGGCAUCAUCCGCUGCCCGGUGGACGCCAACCCACCUGUGACAUCAGUGAAGUGGGAGAAAGACGGCUAUCCUCUCCGAGUGGAGAAGUACCCCGGCUGGAGCCUGCUGCCUGAUGGAAGCAUCCGGGUGGCGGAGGCGACAGAAGACUCCCUGGGCACCUACACCUGUGUGCCUUACAACGCCCUGGGUACCAUGGGCAUGUCCCCCCCUGCCACUUUGGUGCUAAAGGAUCCCCCUUACUUUAACGUGAGGCCUGGGGGGGAGUACCGUCAGGAGGCUGGGAGAGAGCUAGUUAUCCCCUGUGCUGCUUCUGGAGACCCUGACAUACCAUCCAUCACCUGGAGAAAGGUGGGGAAGCCAAGCAGGAGUAAGCACAACAUCCUGCCCAGUGGCAGCUUACAGUUUCUGUCCCUCAGCAAGGAAGACCAUGGAGAAUGGGAGUGUGUCGCCACCAACGUGGUCACAAGCAUCACUGCCAGCACGCGGAUCCUUGUCAUCGGCACCAGCCCACAUGCUCCAGGAAACAUCCACGUGCUGCCCUCUACAACCACCGCUAACGUGUCCUGGGAGCCGGGCUACGACGGCGGCUACGAGCAGACGUUCUCCGUGUGGUACGGUCCAGUGUCAAAGCGAGUGGACUUCGGUCCUCACGACUGGCAUUCGAUGCCAGUUUCUGGUGCUCAGAUCUGGUUGGUGGUGCCAGCGCUGGAGCCUGGGACGGAGUACCAGUUCAGUGUGUUGGCACAGAACAAACUGGGCACAGGCCCAUUCAGCGAAGUUGUGACAGUCAACACCGCAGGCUCCCCUCUGAGUACCCCAGAACCACUGGUGCUUCUUACUCCACCACGGUGCCUCACAGCCAACCGCACGCAGCACGGUGUCCUCCUCACGUGGCUCCCCCCAGGCAACCACUCCUCACCCAUCGACCGAUACAUCAUGGAGUUCCGCCUCGGGGAGAGGUGGGAGGUUCUGGACGACCUGAUCUCUUCCACUGAGACUGAGCUCAUAGCCAGGGACCUCGUCCAGGAGUCCUGGUAUGAGUUUCGAGUGAUGGCUGUCAUGGACGACCUGAUUAGUGAGAGCAGUAAUGUCGUAGGCGUAUCAAGCACGGAUCCCUUCCCUCCUGCGGAGCUGCCUGACGAGGGGCUGGCGCGCCCUGUGGUGGCGGGUGUCGUGGCGACUAUCUGUUUUCUGGCAGCGGCGGUGCUGUUCAGUACUCUCGCAGCUUGCUUUGUCAAUAAGCAACACCGGCGCAAACUCAAACGCAAACCAGAUCCUCCCUUGUCGGUGACACACUUCAGGAAAAGCAUUGAGUCACCGCCUCCUCUCACCCCCUUGCCGGGGGUAGAGCCCUGCUGGGACGAGCCAGCCAGGAGCAGUUUCUUGCCCCCGCCCGCCAGCCCCCUGUUAUCAUCGGGGAAGAUAAGUCCAGAGAGCUCCCCUCCAUCUCGGCCGCGCUCUCUUUCUUCUGAAGGCUCCCACGGUCCAGGCCUGUACGUGAGGAGGCUGCCCAGCCCUCAGAGAGACAAAGACAAAGAGCUCUCCUUCUACAAGAAAACCAAGCGUGCCAUAGCCAGCAAGAAAUACAGUGUGUCCAAGUAUGAGUCGGAGGUCACCACGCCUAUUGAGCUGAUAAGCCGCGGCCCCGAUGGCCGCUUCAUCAUGGACAUCAGCCCACCGCCGCGCCGCAUCCAGGGCUUCCCCUUUGCGGAGGAGUCUGACAUGUACCCCGAGUUCCGGCAGUCUGAUGAGGAGAAUGAUUUUGACCCCGGGCCUAUGCCGCCCAUCAUGCCCACGCUGCGGCCACAGCUCUCACCAACGUCCUCCAGCCUGGAGUCAACGCAGCCCCCCAACUACAGCCCCCGCCUGCACAGGGCCAUGGAAGGUAUGAGCUUUGCAGAGGGCAGUGCACUUCACGCCUCAGGGCAGGCCCCUACCUCCCGCUACAGGGGCUUUCCCCAGGGCCCAUUCUAUGGGUAUAUGGGCAGCCGCGGUGAAUCAGGGAUUCCACCACCAUUCUAUAUGCCUGACAUCAGCCCGCGUAGCUCUGCUCUGUCCUCCCCCCCAGGCACUGGAGAUGGGCCCUUUGGUUACCCCUCCAUCCCCGAGGAGAGUGGAGAGAUGGAGCACCAUCAGUACACUGCCUCUGGCCAUUCUCUGUCUCACACACACAGCCCUCCUUCUCGCUCGCCUGAUAGCUGGCAUCCUCAUGAGCUACCCUUCCUGGGUCUAGAGGGUCCACGGUUCAUAUACCCACCUCAUCAUCCCUUACAUCACCCCCAGGACCUCCCUGACCCACCCCCAUACCCUCCUCACCCUCACCCCUCCAGUCGCCUGCACCUCUCAUCGCUACAGGAUCCAAUGAGUCCUGGACUCCUGCAGCUGGAGGUUCCUAUGGCUCUCCAAGGCAGAGACAGGUCCAUGGGGCCUCCGGUUAGGCGUUUAGCUAUGCAACAGGCCCAAAGUCUCGGCCAGCUCAGACACACGGCCCACGGUGUGGGUGUACCAGUGUUGCCUUACCCUGACCCGCUAGCCCGUGCAGGGAGCCCAAGCACAGCCCCCAGUAGUAGUCCUCAGUCCUGGCUCAGCCCGAGGGCGGGGCGCCGGGCAGACCCCAGCCUACCCCCACUAGUACUCCAGCCCUCUCGCCUCUCUCCCCUCUCCCAAAGCCCCCUUAGCACCCAGCCAGGUUCUCCAGAUAUUCUAGUACGGCCCCCUCCGCGCCCCAGCAUCCUCCGCACCUCUCGGUCUCUGGAGAUGCCUGAGAUCACCCUGCAGCCCUCGGCCACUGUCAGUUUCUCCCGGAGGUCCUCCCUGUCCACCUCUCCCACUCAGAGCCAGGGCACCACGCAUCCCAGCCCCAGUUACCACGCCCACAUGUCGUAUGCCUCCACUGCAGCCAGUUACCCCUCCCAGUCCCCCUCUCCUCCACCGGAGGGCAGGGAUGUUUUCGGGCAGAGGCCGUCCCAGAGAAGGAGAGAGGAGGAGAUGCUGCCCUCAGAGCCCUCCCAGCUCCAGAUAUCAGCCUCAGGGGAACCUCUAGGUGCGUCUAGUGAUCCUGCCGGGUCUGAGAGCUUACCAGCACUGCUACACCACUGCAUUACUAAAGCCAAGGGAGUGGCUGCCAACAACAAUAACAACGCAGCCCCCGCACGGAGAACAGGUGUGUCUCCCUCUCAGACCCAGCAGCAAUCUCAGACCCCCCAAGAGGGAGAGGGCCUCCACCUCCACAGAACGAGGAAAAGGCCAAACAAGAAGAACCCCUAUCUCUAUUUGACCUCCUUCCUGCACAGCAGGCAGUCUGCGGAGGACCAGACCGGCAUUCUGGCCAGUGCAGACUCUGAGGGCCCAAAUUAUGGGACUCUACGCUGACACGUGUGCCCGCUAAGCCAUUGGACUCGACUAAACCGCCUCCUCCACCGCAUACACACACAGACACACACACCUCAGCCCUCCCCGCUCCGCCCCGCGGCCUCUGCAUCAAGCCAACCCAUUUCUUGUAAUCUCUCAAAGUUCAUUUUUGUGUGGGGAGCGGGAAACAUUAAGCUGAAUGCUCCAGGGUUGGAAAAUCGUGUUAGAGGACAAGAACAAUGGCUUUUAUGAGUCGUCGCCACGACUUGUGUGUUGAGGAAUCUCACUUGAAAACGCUCUGAAAAUAUAUAAUGUAUAUAAAAUAGUAAAACAAGGGAUUUUAGCUUCUUCCUACAGUAAUAACAAUGUGUUGGUUGAGUAUGUGACAACACGUUAAAGAUUUUCCACUCACUGGUCAUCGAGGGGUCCACGUCUUUAGGUUUUUCAGUCGAACUGAACUGUCAAGCCUGGUGCAUCUUCGGACAGGGACAUGAGUCUACCUUUCCUACAAUACAAAUAGUGUCAGUAUUUAAACACAGGGUUCUUACCACAAAAUAUACCUCAGAGUAAACGCAGAAUUGCUGUAAUUCUUGUGGUAUACUGUACGUACUUGACCUUUUUACAUAUGAAACGUAUGGACAAAAAGGUUUAUAUCACACACCAUCGCUCAUUCGAAUGGAUAAUAAGGCCUAACUUGAUCUAAUUUGGAAGCUUUUUUUAGUAGCCGGCAUAUUGUGUUUGCUUUGAUUUUCGAUCCAGUGCCAACCAUUAGGGAACGGUGUCUUAAUUUGCUCGAUGGGCUCAGUGUGUCGCGUCACGACAGCACGGCACUGGGACGAAGAUCGCAGCCUUCCUGGGAGCUCUGGAAAAAAAUAAUUUGGGACUUACACGCUGCACACAGGCUGGACUCGUAGGAUUGGAAGAACAGGGUGACGAAUUGCGAAGUGUUCUGUCGUAUGUAUUCCAUUGUUCAUCAUUCGUGAAAUGUGGCACUUCUCGCUGUGCCUUUUUUCGUUGCCUUUUCUUUCUCUAAUUCUUUUUUCUAACAUUAACUGCCUUUUCCUUCGCCUUGUCAUGUUUGUCUCUUCCGGGGGGUGGGGGGGAGGAGGGAGUAAGAGACUGCAAUGUUAAGUGUGUUUUUACUUUCUUUGCCAAGGACACAUGAGAGGAAAUGCUACGGAGGAUGCAUUACUCUCUUUCUCUUUUACAUUUAUAUCUUAUACUGGGUACCUGAUUUAACUGUAUGCAUCGUAAAUACUAGGGCAGAAACAGAAUACCCUUAAAAAUUAAAAAAAACAACACAAAAACAUAAAUGAAUGAAUAAACCUAACUUCAGUGGUAAAAGUUUUCAUGAGGAAUGAACGAACCAGUGGAUGUUAAUGUUUAACUGCGGCUGUUGAGAGGAGAAUGUGAUGGCUUCAUAAAGCCGUUAACAAGCGAUGGGGAAUAUCCAAACAAACGGCCACCCUGACUGUUUAUCUUUAACAAGGGUAUAUUACGUGCUAGCUACUGCUCUGUAUGUUUAAGUUUUUUCGACACUAACCGAUAAUGAAUGUAUGUUUUGCUGUACAGGAAAUGAAUGUACAUUGAAUGACCCAUCGCGUGAGAUGACCAGUUGGCACAUC